AUGGUUAUUGUGGAUCUCUUCCUUAUUAAGCUACAAGGAUUUCUUCCUCAAGGCCACAACUCCGUGCUUUCACCAAACUGUGCAUCUGCUGCUUCUUACCAGUCUUUAUCAGCAUACCUUGGCUUCAAUGGAAGGAAACCCGAUGGCCUGGCUAACACUUUUGUUUCUAUUGAAGAGUUUCCUGAGGCAGAUGAAAAUAUCAUGAUUGAAGAAAAUAAUGAUUCCAAUAAAGAUAACAUACUCAAUCAGACGAGACUUUGUGGCAUUUGUCAAGGAUAG